GCAAAUCCUCCUUCAGAAGUAGGAAUGGCGUCGCGAUCGGGUGGUUAUGAAGCUGAUGAGAGCUUGCCACCAGGCUUUGAAGAUAUGAAGCCUAAAAUUCUCAAGUUGCCUCAGAAAGCUUUCCCCAAAUGGAGAUGCCCUCCAAGAUUUGAAGUGAAUAGGGAGUGGCAAGUGGUCUCUGGGGAAGAGAGCAAAGAGAUUGAGUGUGAGAAUCAAUGCGAGAGGAGAGUGCUCGAAGCAAUUUAUCCCCAGCCCUCAGCAAUUCCUCCCAAGUAAGA